AUGGAGGCCAAGACACCAAAACGAAGAGAGUCCAUCUUGCUCACAUCUGUGGCCAGUGGUCUGGAGAACAUGGGGGCUGAGAGCUUGGAAAGCCUGGAGGAAGGCCGGACCCCUGGCAACGUCUCAAGCCCUGCAGAGGGUGGGGACAGCUGGACUGAGGCCAGCCCGGAGCCCUUCUCAGGAUGGCGGAGCCCGCGGCUGGCCCUGAGGGCCCGACGCUUCUGCAGGGAGCACACACAGCUGUUUCGAUGGAUCUGCACGGGCCUGCUCUGUACUGCGUUCGCUGCCCUCCUGCUGACUGCCAGCCUCCUGGAUUUCCAGAGGGCCCUGGCUCUCUUUGUCCUCACCUGUGUGUUCCUCACCUUCCUGGCCCACAGCCUGCUCAAGAGGCUGCUGGAACCCACACUGCUGAGGUGUGUCCAGCCUCUGGGGCAUUACCGCCUGCGCCUGUGGUUUGAGAGGGGUCUGGCCCUUGCUGCUUUCCUGGGCUUGGUCUUGUGGCUGGUUCUGGACACCUCCCAGCGACCUGAGCAGCUAGUGUCCUUUGCAGGAAUCUGCGUGUUCAUCAGCCUCCUCUUUGCCUGCUCAAAGCAUCACUGCGCCGUGUCCUGGAGGGCUGUGUCCUGGGGCCUCGGCCUACAGUUUGCACUUGGACUCUUCGUCAUCAGAACAGAACCGGGAUUUAUCGCAUUCCAGUGGAUGGGCAACCAGAUCCAGAUCUUCCUGAGCUACACGGAUGCCGGCUCCAGCUUCGUGUUUGGGGAGGCGAUGGUCAAGGGUGUCUUUGCCUUUCAGGUUCUGCCCACUGUCAUCUUCUUCAGCUGUGUCAUGUCCACUCUGUACUAUGUGGGCCUCAUGCAGUGGGUGAUCCAGAAGAUCAGCUGGCUGAUGCAGGCCACCAUGGGCACCAUGGCCACUGAGACCCUGAGUGUGGCUGGAAACAUCUUUGUGAGCCAGACGGAGGCUCCUCUGCUGAUCCGGCCCUACCUGGCUGACAUGACUCUGUCCGAAAUCCACGCCGUCAUGACCGGAGGCUACGCCACCAUUGCCGGCAGCCUGCUGGGCGCCUACAUCUCCUUUGGGAUCGAUGCUGCCUCCCUGAUUGCCGCCUCCGUGAUGGCCGCCCCUUGUGCCUUGGCCCUCUCCAAGCUGGUCUACCCGGAGGUGGAGGAGUCCAAGUUUAAGGGCAAAGAAGGGGUGAAACUGACUGGAGGAGACGCUCAGAACCUCUUAGAAGCAGCCAGCAGUGGGGCCACUGUCUCCGUGAAGCUGGUGGGGAACAUCGGAGCCAACCUGAUUGCUUUCCUGGCAUUGCUGGCCUUCGUCAACGCGGCCCUCUCCUGGCUGGGAGCCAUGGUGGGUGCCCAGGAGCUCAGCUUCCAGCUCAUCUGCUCCUACGCCCUGCGGCCUGUGGCCUUCUUAAUGGGGGUGGCCUGGGAGGACUGCCCGGUGGUGGCAGAGCUCCUGGGGAUCAAGCUGUUCCUGAACGAGUUCGUGGCCUAUCAGGAGCUCUCCCAGUACAAGCAGCGCCGCCUCGCAGGAGCUGAGGAGUGGGUCGGCGCCAAGAAGCAGUGGAUCUCCGUCCGAGCAGAAAUCCUCACGACGUUUGCCCUCUGUGGAUUUGCCAACUUCAGUUCCAUUGGGAUCAUGCUGGGAGGGCUGACCUCCAUGGCCCCCCAGCGGAAGAGCGACUUCUCCCAGAUAGUGCUGCGGGCGCUCUGCACCGGGACCUGUGUGUCGCUGGUGAAUGCCUGCGUGGCAGGGAUCCUCUAUGUGCCCCGGGGGGCUGCGGUCAACUGCAUGACCCUCCUGAACACAACCAUGGACGGCAGCAGCUUCGAGGUGUACCAGUGCUGCCGCGGGGCCUUCCAGAGCCCCAGCCCAGAGGUCCGCCGAGAGGCCCUGGACGUCUGCUGUCGAUUUUACAACCACACGAUCUGUGCGUAG